GAGUCGGAAGUGGCACUAGCACUUCCGGCACGGAAAACUCGCUGCUCCCCGGACCUGGCUUGACAGGCGCGGUCUCUGCAAGUGGCUCUCAGCCCCUUCUCCUUCUUCCUGCCUCACCUUCCAACUCGUUUGCCGCCGCCGUCCCACAGCCGCUGUCUCUGGAGUUGCCCCUUCCCCAUGUUCCGGGGCAGGAGUCCGCAAAGCGAAGACCCGCCCGCUCGUUUCCCAUCAUGUCCGAACUGACUAAAGAGCUGAUGGAGCUGGUGUGGGGCACCAAGAGCAGCCCCGGUCUCUCGGACACCAUUUUCUGCCGCUGGACGCAAGGGUUUGUGUUUAGUGAAUCAGAGGGAUCUGCAUUAGAACAGUUUGAAGGUGGCCCCUGUGCUGUUAUUGCACCUGUUCAGGCAUUUCUUUUGAAGAAGCUCCUGUUUUCUUCUGAGAAGUCUUCUUGGCGGGAUUGUUCAGAGGAAGAGCAGAAGGAACUCCUUUGUCAUACCUUGUGUGAUAUUUUAGAAAGUGCUUGUUGUGACCACUCUGGAUCAUACUGCUUGGUUUCAUGGUUAAGAGGAAAGACAACUGAGGAAACUGCUAGUAUUUCUGGGAGUCCUGCAGAGUCUAGUUGCCAAGUGGAACAUUCUUCUGCCUUGGCUGUCGAAGAGCUUGGCUUUGAGCGAUUUCAUGCAUUAAUUCAAAAAAGAUCAUUCAGAAGUUUACCAGAAUUAAAAGAUGCUGUCUUGGACCAGUAUUCAAUGUGGGGAAAUAAAUUUGGAGUAUUGCUUUUUCUGUAUUCUGUAUUACUGACAAAGGGCAUUGAAAACAUAAAAAAUGAAAUUGAAGAUGCAAGUGAACCCUUGAUAGAUCCUGUAUAUGGACAUGGCAGCCAAAGUUUAAUUAAUCUCCUGCUGACGGGACAUGCUGUUUCUAAUGUAUGGGAUGGUGAUAGAGAGUGCUCAGGAAUGAAACUUCUUGGUAUACAUGAACAAGCAGCUGUAGGAUUUUUAACACUAAUGGAAGCUUUAAGAUACUGUAAGGUUGGUUCUUACUUGAAAUCUCCAAAAUUCCCUAUUUGGAUUGUUGGCAGUGAGACUCACCUCACCGUAUUUUUUGCCAAGGAUAUGGCUUUAGUUGCCCCUGAAGCUCCUUCAGAACAAGCCAGAAGAGUUUUUCAAACCUACGACCCAGAAGAUAAUGGAUUCAUACCCGAUUCACUUCUGGAAGAUGUGAUGAAAGCAUUGGACCUUGUUUCAGAUCCUGAAUAUAUAAAUCUCAUGAAGAAUAAAUUAGAUCCAGAAGGAUUAGGAAUCAUAUUAUUGGGCCCAUUUCUUCAAGAAUUUUUUCCUGAUCAGGGCUCCAGUGGUCCAGAAUCUUUUACUGUCUACCACUACAAUGGAUUGAAGCAGUCAAAUUAUAAUGAAAAGGUCAUGUAUGUAGAAGGGACUGCAGUUGUAAUGGGUUUUGAAGAUCCCAUGCUACAGACAGACGACACUCCUAUUAAACGCUGUCUCCAAACUAAAUGGCCGUACAUUGAGUUACUCUGGACCACAGAUCGCUCUCCUUCACUAAAUUAAUUUGCCUAAGUAUUUAUAAGGAGGAUCUUAAUAACAGAUGUUGAAAGAGGGGGUCAAGACUGGCAAUUGGCUGGAUUAAGCUAAACACUGGUAUCACUGAUUAACUGUAAAUAACAAUUAAAAACACAUUUUCAGUGUUUAUGAUAUGUUUAAAUUAUUUGUCCUAAAGCUUUAUGUAAAAGAUUAGCCUAUUUUAA